AAAAAAAGAAAGCACAAAUUAGGGUUUUCUGCUUCACUCACUCAAAAUUCAAAAAUUAUGACGGGAUUGGACUCUGCUCAGCUCCAAAAUCCCCAGAACAGCGCCCAAUCUAGCCUCAUCUUCAACAAAGGCCAAGAGGUGGAAGUGAGCAGCGACGAUGAUGGGUUUAGGGACGCAUGGUACGUGGCCACAAUUUUGGAGUCCCCAUCCAAAUCCGCUUCCAAGAAGAGGAAAAAAGUAAUGGUUGAGUACAAGACUUUGGUUAUGGAAUAUGGCUCCGCUCCUCUGAAGGAGCUUGUGGAUCCCGGGUACAUAAGGCCUCUGCCUCCAGAUGAUUCACAUUCUGGUGACCGGGUUUUUCAGGAGAACGACGUCGUUGAUGCCAGGUACAGAGACGGGUGGUGGACUGGCGUUGUAAGGAAGGUUUUAGAGCGUUCUAGGUAUAGGGUUUAUUUUAAUAACCCACCGGAUGUUAUUGACUUUGAUGGGAAAGAUUUGAGGACUCACUGGAAAUGGGUUGAUGCUAACUGGGUUGCACCCGAGAAGCAGCAAAUGGCCGGGUCAGCUUUCAGCUCAGGCACGGCAGUAGAGGUGAAUAUUGACAAAGAAAAUGUACGUGAUGCUUGGUUCCCUGCAGUUGUUAUUAAGGAUAAUGGGGAUAACACUUUCUUGGUGAAGUAUCAAAGCUCAAAGAAUAGUGAUGAAGCUGGGACAAAAGUUAUUGUGGAUUCCCUCCACAUUCGACCCAUUCCUCCUCGUUAUGCAGACAGAAACUUUGAGUUACUGGAAAAGGUGGAUGCACAAUAUGACUUUGGAUGGCGGGCUGGUGUGAUUACUAAACUUCUUUCUGGGAGGAGGUACAAUGUCUUUUUUAAGCAGGGUAAUGAGGACAAGGAGCUUAAUUACUCAGAAAUAAGGCCUCAUGUGGAAUGGAAGGAUGGCCAGUGGAUUUGUAAAUCAAAGGAAGUCAUGAUUGCUUCUAAUAAUAACAAACUGUUGGGUAAUGCCCACAACUGCAUUGACAGUCCUGAUAUGUCCAUGAAAGGUGAAGAGUUGGGUGCUAUUGAGGGUAAGAAUGAAGAUAAAUCACCUUGUUCCUCAAGCAUAAGGAAUAUGAUGGAGCAGUCAGCUCAUUGUAAUGAAAAAUCACCUUCUCAUAUGUUGCCUCCAAGCAAGAAGGUAAAGCUGGCAGCUCCUAAUGGUACUGGUGUGCAUUCGUGUCCUUCCAAAAAGUCAACAAUAGAAGAUGCUGUAGAUGUCCCGUUAUCAGUUACAACAUUGCCAUUAAUGAAGAUGCCAAUUGAAAUAUCAACUGGAGAAACUCUUCGAGGUUUAGUAACUCCAAGAACUGGAGGCAAAAGAACCAGAUACUCCAAAAAACCCAUGAUUGGUGAUCAGACUGCUGCAAAAACUGAGAGCCCUACAGGAAAGAGAGCAGUUGUUCCUAAAGCUAAUGGAGGCCUUAUUCGUAUUAAAGAGCUACCAAAGAAGAGUAAGCGGCUGAAAUUUGCUGAAUUAGAUGGUCAGAAAGUGGACAUUGUGACAAGGAAAGGUAGACUUACUAAAUCACCAUUUAGAAGUCCACAGGUUUCAGCAGCAGUGGAUGUUGCCAUUCAAAACAAAAAUGAAAUUGAGGAUAAAAUGAAAGAUGGAAUACCUGUUGUCAUAGCAUUAGAAGCUAGGGAAAUGAGGCAUUCACAACAUGAUUGUCCUUCUCAGCUCUCUGGUGAGGAAACACUCAAGCUUAUGAGAGAUCAGAAGAAGAAUUUAAGUGAUUCAGUAGGAGGCAAGAUCAUGGGACUCAAUCAGCAUAAAUAUGUAGGAAGCAGUCAACGGAGAAAGAGGGGAAGACCACGCAAACUAGUAGUUGUUAGCCUAAAGACUUCAGAGGCUGGUAAGGAGGACCAUGGCAUUCAAGAUGUUUCUAAUGAAGUAGUUGUAAAAGAUCGCACAUCUAAAGAAGUUGAAAUGCCAAUACAGACAAGGGUGGAGUCUACAGUUUCUCAAGCUGCUUCUAGAGAGAAAACAGCUGAAGUUUCAGAGACAGAUUGCAUGGCAAAAGAAGUUGAAAUGGCCAUUCCCUCUGUAUCAAAAAAUGUUGCUGAUGAUGAUCAACCUCUAUCAACGUGGAUUGGGGGGAUGCAUUCUUCUGCAAGUGCUGAAGAAUUGCGAUUAUCUUCUGGAAGGCCUUCUAAUGGAUGGAAUGAGGCGAGAGGAAGACAUGUUGAUCUAGCAAUUGUAUCUUCUGUGAUUGAUGCACAAGGUGACACUGCACCCAAUGGAAAUCAGUGCUUGCCUUUUGUAAAGAGGUCACCGGUUUGGAAAACAAUUGAAUCUAUGGAAGUAUUUCAAAUCAUGCCACAAAAGCCUCAUUUUCAACCUUUGGCUGAUAGUAAAGAGGAGUACCGUGAAGGAUCAGCCAUUGGUAUUAUGGUAACCUUUGCCAGUUUGUUUGAGAAGAUAACAUCACUGCAAUUUGAUGAUUCUAAAAGCAUAUUGGAGAGUACAUUGGAAAGUCUUUCUGAUUUGGAGAUGCAUGGAUUUGAUGUAACCAUGCUACGAGACCGUGUGAAUGAAUUGCUAUCAAUUAAAUAUGGGAAAGAAGAGCUUCUGAAUGAAUCAAAAGAUGUUGGAAGGCAGAUAAUGGAGCAUACUGAUGAGAGAAGCAAAUUGGAAGCAAAGAUAAAUGAUAUCGAAAAGAAGGUACUUGAGUUGCAAGAAGAACUUGUUGCAUCUAAGUCAAAGAUGGAGAGCAAGGAUCUUGAGAUUACCAGGUUGCAGUCGCACAUGGAUUCUGUAAACGUACAAAUUAAAGAUUCCCAGUAUAAUUUUGAAAAAAUAGCUAGUGCCCCUUGGAAAUUGGUCUGAUGCUCUUGUGUGCCUCAUUCAGCAGUCUUGCUUGUACAUGUGAAUAUGUAGGCGCAGCUGACCGUGAAAGUAGUAACGUUUGUGCUUCAGGUGUAGAGGUGAUGAAAAGUGCGUGUAAAUCUUUAGACUAGCGUCUUCUGUGUUCAUGUAACUACACAUCUGAUCCUAGACCUAGAGAUCAUUUUAUAUGGUUGCUGAUAAAUUGUUUUGGAGUAUGGGUCACUGUAAUGAGUAGACUAUGAUUGGUGCAAGUGAAUAGGUAGUUUAGCUUGAUCAUGCUUUAUUAAGGCAAA